AGAAAGGAGAAAGCGAGGGAGAGAGAGCAGUAUAUUAUGAAAGACACCGAGUAGACUCAUCGUACCAACGCCUCUCUGUCUGCAGUCAGUCGAAGACGAAGAAAAAGAGGAAGGGGGGAAACCCGUUGUAGGGCGACCUCUCUGAGCGCAUCUUACGCCCAGCAUCUCACUAACACACAGCCCGCAUCACGCAGAGAAGACUUGUGUCACGGGACUAAAACGUCUGUGUAACUUAACACUGUGCCCGAGAGUUGCCGUGCGGUCGGCUGGAAAUGAACUCUGAAGGUGGGCUUCGUGUCGGCGCAUUCACCGUAAGAAUCGGCGCUUCUGCUCAUCACCAGUCCACAUGAGAAGUUUGACAGGAGCAGGUUGAAGGGAGUCUACCAGUGCUUCCGAUAGGCUGUUCACUUUGCAGGCUGCAGCUCGCGGUCGGAACUCGACCACUGCUCCACAGGACACUGAGGGUUGCAUGCCUCAGUGCCAAGAAAUUGCAAUACGUGGGAGACCUCUGCUAAGAAGAAAUACAUUUGUGGAGGAUGGAGGAGAGAACUGAGGAAGGACACACACAGGAGAACGGAGGCAGUGAUUGUGCAGCCAGACAGCCUCGCACCUCUCCCUGCACCAGUCUGAGGAUGUUUCUGGUGGCAUUGUCCUUUGCCUACUUCGCAAAGGCUCUGUCGGGGAGCUACAUGAAGAGCACAAUAACCCAGCUCGAGAGGCGCUUUGACAUCCCUAGUUACCUAAUAGGUGUCAUUGACGGGAGCUUCGAGAUAGGCAACUUGCUGGUGAUAGCUUUUGUCAGUUACUUUGGAGCCAAACUCCACAGGCCAAAGAUCAUUGCAGUGGGCUGUGUAUUGAUGUCCAUCGGCACCUUCAUCAUAGCUCUGCCUCAUUUCAUCAUUGGUCGCUAUGAGUUUGAGACAUCAGUGCGGUGGGUAGUGAACUCAACUCUUAACCCCUCUCCGUGUCAGCCAGACUCACCAGCAAACCUGACAGAAGACGGUACACUACCUCAAGUGCCAGCCUCAGGUUGUGAAGGCGAGUCCAACCUGUCCAUGUGGAUCUAUGUGCUCCUUGGAAAUGUUUUGCGCGGGAUUGGAGAGACACCUGUUCAGCCUCUGGGAAUCUCGUAUAUAGAUGAUUUUGCAACUGAGGAGAAUGCUGCACUUUAUGUUGGUUGUGUGCAGACCAUUUCAGUGGUUGGCCCUGUGUUUGGUUACCUAUUGGGCUCCCUUUGUGCCAAAAUCUAUGUGGACAUUGGAUUUGUAAAAAUGGAGACCAUCACCAUUACCCCAUCAGAUUCCCGCUGGGUGGGGGCCUGGUGGCUGGGUUACCUCAUAGCUGGGGUUAUCACCCUUCUUUCUGCUAUCCCAUUCUGGUUUCUGCCCCGCUCACUACCCGUGCCCGGGCCAGAGGUCCCAGAGAAGUGCACACCAGAGCAGACGAGUUUCAUCAAAGGCUCUCCCCUUCUGAAGCACAAGUACUCAGCAGAUGAACACACUAGUUUUAUAGAGAUGGCCAAAGAUUUCAUUCCAACCCUGCGAACGCUGCUGGCACACCCAGUCUAUCUGGUCUACCUGUGCGUGACAAUCAUUCAGCUGAACUCUCUCAUCGGCAUGGUCACUUACAAGCCCAAGUACAUUGAGCAGCACUUCAGACAAUCAGCUUCAAAGGCCAACUUUCUGAUGGGUGUGAUAAAUAUCCCAGCUGUGGCACUGGGGAUGUUUUCUGGAGGUCUGCUGAUGAAGAGGCUGAAGCUGAACAUCAUGGGAGCAGCCAAGUUCGCCUUUGGCACAUCCCUUAUUGGUUACAUCCUGUCACUGUUCUUCUUCGCAAUGAGUUGUGAGAAUGCCAAGGUGGCCGGGGUGACACUUUCAUAUGACAACAUCGAUAGGAUAUCGUAUGAUAAGCACCCGCUCUUCACAGACUGCAACUCAAAGUGCGUUUGUUCAUCGAGCGACUGGGACCCAGUCUGCGGCGAGAACGGCAUCACAUAUGUUUCUCCGUGUCUGGCUGGCUGCACCACCUCUGCUGGCUCAGGAAAAAACACAGUCUUCUCUAACUGUUCCUGUGUCGGUGUGGCUGGUAACUUUACGGCCAGUACAGGUCACUGCCCUCAAAAGGACGACUGUGACAGGAUGUUCCCGUACUUCCUGGCUCUCUCUGUCAUCACUUCCUUUAUCAUCUCUCUUGGGGGGACACCAGGAUACAUGCUUCUUAUCAGGUGCAUCAAACCACAGCUGAAAUCUUUGGCCCUGGGUUUCCACGCACUAGCAACACGGACCCUUGCAGGGAUCCCAGCACCCAUUUACUUUGGAGCCAUCAUUGACACCACAUGUCUAAAAUGGGGUCAGAAAAGGUGUGGGGGCAUAGGAGCCUGUCGAAUAUACAACACCACCGCCUACAGAAUAGCAUACCUGGGCCUGACUCUGAGCCUACGGACUAUCUCCUUUAUUAUUUGCAUCCCGGGCUUCAUCCUGCUCAGUCGACAGCUGAAGGAGGAGGAACGAAGCGCCAUCCACGGAGCUCUGAGGAACGGUGGAACCGAACUGGACGUGCUCAGGAAGGAAGAGUUGGUUAUUUCUAAUUCUGACCAGCCACACCACCCAUCAGAGAACAGCACAGAUAGGCAGACACGACUUUGACAGAGCCAGCAGAGCUGACGGCCGCAUAUAUACCCACAGUAUGUCCAGAGCGCCGCUGCACACAUGCACGCUCGCUCGCAUGAAAACAAGAUUUGCAGGGAAUCACUUUUGGUCCAGUCAUCUCAUGUAAAACAGAAAUUCUAUAUUUGUACUGCUGGAUGUGUAAAGGCUUUGUAAAUCUGACAGAAAUUUGAUGUGACUGAAAUAUUUCUUGAAUGUACAUGCUGUUUUUCCUUUUAAGAAAAAAAUACAAACAUACGAUAUUUUUGAGUUGAAGAAAAAUAUCAGUUAGGAAAUGUGACUUGUACAGACUACUGCAAAACAGUACUAUUUUAAACACCAGCAUUUCAAAAGCUGCCUCUUUAAGAUCCUUCUUUCAAAGUUAUUCCAGCUGACAGUAGUGUUACAGAACCGAAGAGGUAAAGUGGCCUUAUAAACCAGAGGCACAACAGCAAACUGAUAUGUCCUAAAAAGAAAAAUCUGACCUUUAUAGACCUGAGAUAUUUUUUUCUCCUUUAAAUGAGUUGUAGAAUUGCUCGUUUCAGUAACACUUGGAGGAUAUUGAUAUGAUGUUUCGGUAUGUGCCUCAUUCACUCAACUGUUACUUCUUAAUGUGUGUUUCAGAGAUCUUUAAAAAACAAUUUCAUUUUACUUUUAAAUUUCAGAUCAUCGGAUCUUUACUCGUUUAGGAAAAAACGAUUCAUUUUAGCUUUUUACUUAAAGCCCAAAGUUGUGAGUGUAUAGCAGUUUGUUGUUUUUGUGCUUUCUGGAUGUGAACUUUGGGUCCGUUGAUAUUCAUAAUCACUAGAAAUGGGAAUUGUAUUUUAGUGAAAUCUGCUUCAGCAAACAGCUCUGCUUUUUUCCAACUCUAGAGCCAUGAGAGCCUCUGAGUGGUGCAAAUGUUUUAGUUUCACACACACAACUGACUAAAGCUGUUAAUAGCUGGUAUCAGAUCAAAUUUGCAUCUUAAACUUCUCAGUUGGGCUCCCCAGGCUCUGGUAUUAAAUAACCGUUGCUGUGCCUUGGAAAAGGCAGAGAUUGUAUUGUUGCAACACUGAUAAAGUACUUACUGUAAAAAAAAAAAAGGAGAAGAAGAAGAAAACACUGUGUGUGAUUGUUGUUGCUGAUAUGUAAAAGUUCUGUUUCCAUCGUCAUGCGUUUCACUGGUUGGUGUUUCUACCUUUGUAUUCUUUAUGUGUGUCUUUAUGCCAAUGUCACAAUUUUAUCUCCCCUUUCUUCUCUUAAACAUUAACCCCAUUUUUGUAAAAUCUGACAGUGAUUUCUCAGUUGUAUGAAUCGAGUAUGUAGCAUUUUUUAAAUUUUAUACAACUUUUUUUUUUUAAAGAACUCUUUUUAUCCCAGUCUGUCACUGAAAUCCUGGACUUUUUUAGUUUAGCAUUUCCUUUCAUUGAGAGCAAAUAUCUGACUGCUUAAACUAAAACUCUGUUCAGGGAUCUGAUGAAAUUAUCUGAGGGUACACUAGCUGCUCUGAUGUGAUGUUUUGCAAUGACUGAUGAAGUCGUGAUCUCUGGAAUGCAUUCAAAUUCAUGCCCAAAGUAUUGAUAUGGUUGAAAGUCGAGCACCGAUUAUUGAGACUCAUUGCAACACUUUUCUUUAGUGCAAUCUCUUUGAUUGACACAUUUGUGCAAUACCAGAUGCCCUUUAUAUGUACAUCAGCAGAAAGACUAAAUUUGCCCAGUUUAAAAUUCAAAACGUGGUAAAGGAUUUGACAGACUUUUUAAUAAAGACACACUUUCCCGGAGUAUUAUUUUCUUCGGACAGUUCCAACAGCAGUAAGUGGAUCAGACAGAAAUGAUAAAGCUUAGGGUACAUCCUACCACUGACACUAAAGUGUAUUCAGAAGUAUUGAUAAUGCAAACCCCUCCCCCGUGCCCCCCCAACACACACACACACAAAUAAAAUAAAUACAAAUAUAUAUUUAUACACAUAUGUCCCUAUGUGAUUGUAUAUUUUCAUGAUAAAAAGCAUCAUCUGUCCUGUUAUUACAAGUGACAAACACCUCAACAUCACAUGUUGUGGUAUUUGUCACUUUCAACGGGAGCUGUGCGUUUUAAGUAAUAUGCUGGUUUCAUAGUUUAUAAUAUUUAUAGAUAAUAUUUAUAGUAGCAUAAACUCUAUUGAAAAUGAACACUAUUUACCAUGUAGCUUUUGUAUUGCUGUUCUGCUGUGGGCUAUCAGCAACUCGUCGCUGAGGAGAACCUGUAAUCUAAAUAUGGCUUCUGGUUUGGUAGCUUAGGGGACCUUAACUGAAAGUAUUUGCUUGAUUUGUGGAUAGAUGAAAUUUGGCAAAAUUGGGUUUUAAAAACAUGGUAAACUGUUAAACUUUAAAAACAGCAUGUGGAUUGAAGGAAGGUUUCUUGCAUUGCACUACUGUUAGGAAUAUUCUGAAGUUUCCUAUAACUUUCCACUCAAGUGCCAAAUCAGAUUUAGUCAGUCCCAUUUUUUUUUUAUUUUUAGAUAUCAGGGUGAAGUGAUAUUGCUCCAGUAACAGAAUGUUCAGUGUGACUCAAAAAAGGCAUUCAAUUUAAUUUUGCAGUCACCAGUUUUAUUUCAAGGUCAUGAAUUUACGUUUUUCAAAGGAGCCGUGGACCCACAACACACGUACUAUUUGGGUAAGUUGCAGCAUGAGGUGACUGUGUCAUCUUCAGGUUCAGUUUCAGGCUGACAAACUCAGAACGGUGUAGAGAAAGAAAGUCAUUAUCUCAAUAAUGUAAGGCAUUUACUUGCAUUAAAGAAAUCAGAAUGUAAAUAAUUUUCUUGGAUUAUUUUUGUAAAAUUUCAAGAAAUAUCUUAAAUGAAAUAUUAAAAUAAAGAAU